ACAGAGGCAGAGAGAGAGUCAGAGGGGGAAGGACAAUCAAAGAGGUGUAUCUUGCUUGUGAAGCUGCUAGGCUUCAUCCUGCAUUUUUGCUUCUGGAAGCUGCCUCACCAUGAACCUCUCAGAGCAGAUUUCAUUCCUCUUCAGCUGUAAUGUCAGCCCAAGUGAGACGCCACAGCUCGACAUUAGUGUCACUAAAAGUGAGCCGCUGGCAAUUGCUGUCCCCAUGACCAUCUUCUACAGCAUCAUCUUCUUCUGUGGAGUCUUAUUCAAUGGUGUGAGCAUACUGACCCUCCUCAUGGAUGCUCACAUGAGAGUCAGUGCCAUUCGUUUCUACCUCCUCAGCUUAGUCAUAUCAGACAUUCUGCAGCUGUUGACCAUCCCUGUGACUUUGUAUCGCUACUACUGGGAGAGCUACCCGUGGCGUCUGGGCCAAGUGGUAUGCAAGGUGUACUUCAUGGUCCGCCAAGUGUACUGUGCCACCACAAGCUGGGUUAUCAUGACCUUCACCACCGAGCGCUAUGCAGCCAUUUGCCACACCAUGUGGUCUGUCUCCAGCCUGAAGAAGUCUCGGCUGCCAUGCCUUCUUUCAGUAUGGAUAAUUUCUCUCGCGUCAGCAGUACCCUUUGCUCUGGUCUAUGACCAAGCUCGUGCCUGCAUCCUGGACUACACGGCCACCACACGAAAAGACGCCUUCCAUGUCUCCACCAUGUGUGAGAUGAUAGAGCCUGAUCCUGCACACAUCUACAAAGGGGCUUUACUCCUGAGAGCGGUGUUCUUCUUUCUGAUCCCACUGGUCUCCAUCUUUACACUCUAUCUGCUCAUCCUGCUCUACCUGAGGAGGAAUGGACGUCAAAGGAGAAACAUGGGUCUCACCCGGCCGGAUCCAGAAGGAAGACGAGACAUCCAGUGCCAUCAGAAUGGAAAGCUACUUUUAAAUGAAAAGAGAGCUCUAAAACUAAUGGGUGCAGUCGUGGUGGCCUUUUUUGUUUGCAACUUUCCCGACAUUGCAUCCUCACUGAUGCAGGUCUAUGUGGUUGUGUGGUCCGACACCGUCCUUUCUGUCUACACAAUCCUGAAAUCGUACUUGUCACUUCCACUGUGGUAUAUCAAUGGUGCUCUGGACCCGCUGCUCUUCUGUAUUUCCUCCAACACAUUUCGCAGGGCAUGCUGGAGAACUCUGGGUCGGCUCAGGCCUCACUGCUACUGGAAGUAUGGGAGCAUUUCUUGGCUGCGGCAGAGAAGUUCCAGUGAGGAAGCAAGCACAACAGCAAGAGAGAUGAUUGAUGGUAAAUGCUAUAGGGAGAUGAUGGACAAAAAGAGAAAUACAGUCCCUCACAAAUCAGAUCAGAGGGAUGGAGCCAUGAAAGUCCCUUUGAACACAAGCUGCAACAACAAGCACUCUGAAAUGUAAGUGUUUUACUCUUUGACACUGUUCAAGACUGUACAAAAGCAUCUCCUUGGGAUAUAAAAACAACAUAUUUUUUCCCCCAAAAAGUUAUUUCUUUUGUUUCUGUAAGAGUUUCUUAAACGUUUUAAGAAAUGUUUUUUUGAAAAUAUUGUACAAAUAUUUACUGUCUACAGAACGCGUGGAUUUUACCUGUAUUGUGCUGUCAAGUAACAUUCCUGCUCUUUCAAAAACAUGUUUGUCUAGCUAGAAAUGUGUUAAGUGUUUUAAAGCUUUCACAAUUGGGAUAGACAUGAAGAUAUUCAAUGUAGGAAUUGCAUUUUUGUCAUAUAAAGUAUGAUAGCACAUUUCUAAAAUGUACCAAAAGAUUACUGGACGAGAUGUGGUAGUGUGUAUCACAAUGUGCAUAGCUCAUGUCACAACCGUGCAUGUGACAUACCCAUUAAUUAAGGGACAAUAUGGUCAGAUUAGAGUAGAAUGAGACUUUGUACAUUUCUGAUCCUUACAUUAGCCUGUGUUUGUUAAAUGCUGGGUCAGCGCCCUGAAUGAGUCACAGAUUGUUGUUUGCUACAGUGUUUUUCACAAUCUUUAUUUUAUUUUAUCUUUUUAAAAACCUUACAUAACAAUUUUGAACACAAUUAAUUGUGCAUGUAGGUUUCGUGAUACACAGUAAGUUUCAGAAAAUAUGUUUUUGUAACUUUGUGAAUCUUGUAUUUUGCAUGUUUUACAUAUACUUUUGUCAAAUGUCUGGAUUUUGUAGGGAGUGGAGUGGAGUACAAAAGUCUUUGUGUUGUCAUGACGACCAACAGCAGAGAACAUGAUUACUUAGCCGUAAGAGUCAAAAAUAUCAGUCCAUUAUAAAUAUUCUGCUACUAUACCCCCUGAUGGUGUACAGUGUAGAUUCUCCAUUUAUGAGCACAGCCUGAUUGCCACUGUGUCCAGUGCACACCACAGUAGCCUAUGUCUCUUAUUUCAACAUGAAUAAAUUAUCUUUCUCUGUAUGGAACAUAAUGUCUCUUCUCUUCUCUCUAAUUCUGUCUAUCUAUCUAUCAAUCAAUCUAUCUAUAGAACUAAUUCUAACUGGGCAAAAUGUGACUUCUUUCUCAUUAUUAUUUCUUUGCUCACAUUCUCACCAUUACCUGUGGAGACUGAGAGAAGAUAUGACUGACAAAGUGUGGCUGAAAUUAUGUGGGUUAUGUCUAUACAAGACAAAACUAAAAAAAGAAGAACUGGUAACUAAGACUGGACGAAGGAUGGGAGAAAACACUUAAGUUGCAAUGAAAAACCAGUUUAUUUUACAUAUCUCAAAGGGAAAUUAAGGUAAAAUGCCAAUAAACAUGACAACACCAAACAGGGUGCAGGCCAGGGCAGAGAGAAGGACUGUC